AUGGGUCAGAAGAAAGUUGAGUUCUCGACGAUCGCGGAGGAAGAUGAGGCGGAGGAGGAGGUCAAAUUGAACCCGCAGAAGAUCAGAGAGGCUCUCGAUGGGGAUGAGGAGCUCAAGAAUAUUGGGGAUUUCAUCAAAUUCGGGAGAUAUACUGUGUUUAUCAUCUUCUUAUACGAGUUGAUGCUGCUUCCUCAGAUGGCCAACAUGACCUUUAUGAUCUACGGAGGCUAUGCCCCUAAGGUCGUGGAAUGCGGAGGUCAUGAUUAUCGGAAUCUGAGCAAUGUAAAGUCAUGUGCCGCGUAUAAAGAGGACUUUCUUCGGACCAACUGUACUCCCGUACUGGAAACGCAGUUCAAUUCGUUGGCCUAUGAGGUAAAAUAUCGAUUCUUAAGAUUAUAUUUAUAAAGUUCAGUUCAACUAUUUCUGCGACAGAAUCACGAGUGUAAAAAGAGCGAUCAGUAUCAUGAUGUUGGGCGUUUUGUUCGGUGCAAUAAUCUUCGGCCAACUCUCGGAUUGGUUCGGCCGGAAGAGGAUGAUGAUUGUCACUCACAUCGGGAUGUGCACGCUCGAUCUGAUCGUGUCCAGAGCAACUUCGCUGGGUCAUUUCACUCUCAUCCAAUUCUUUACCAGUUUAUUUGUUGGUGGCCAUAACACGUAAGUCAUCCAAAAUUACGUUCAUAUACCAUAUAUUUUAAUCUAAAUAGCUUGCUUUUUCAGCAUAAUGCACGUAUUUUUGUUGGAGAGCAUCCCCAAGAAGCAUCGAGUCUGGUUGUCCUGUGCCCUCUCCUACUCGCCCAAUUAUAUUAUAGUAGCCAUUAUUGCCUACUUUGCUCACGAUUGGAGACGACUGAUCUCGAUUGCCGGACUCUUGAAUAUCCCUGCUCUAUUGCUAUUAUUGUAAGUUACUAACUACACUUUUUUUUAAUGUCGAAAUUUUAGAUUUGCCUUUGAGUCACCUCGUUGGUUGAUUCAAAAAGCCCUUUUGGAUUCAGCACGAACAACGUUAAUGAAAAUGGAAAAAAUAAAUGGAACUGCGACGCCGACCAGGCUUCGGAACAUCGACGUACUCAUUGAGCAAGAGAUCAUGGUCAGUUUUAUCUACUAUAUUAUUUUCAAGACUAAUUUCUUCAUUAAAAUACAGGGUGGGCCACUCGAAGCUGACAAGUUGUUUCUUUGAAUUUCUCCGCGUAGGCUCUGCCGAUUUUUCUAAAAUUUAGAUUUUUCUGGAGCUGAGACCCGCCAUUUUCAACCGACUGAAUUUCAAAAAAACAUAUUUUGAACUAACCUUUUCAUGCCUUUUCAAAGUUUUGAAAAAUUAUUUUCGGGCCGAAACCGCUAAAACUUGGAAAAUUUUUGGAAUGAUUUUCAAUUGACUUUCUCUGACUUGGAAAAUUUUUGGUUUUUUUUUGGGGAAAUCGUGGAGUAAAAAGUUGCGAGUGCUCGCCUUAAACUUGUUUAAAGCAAAUUAAAAGCCACAAGAGGGUUGUUUGUAUUACCAUUAGGGCACGAACGCUCAAAAAAAAAAAAAAAAAUCUAAAAAAGAUUGAAAAAUUCGACGUCAAUCGUUAUCGAGUCAGGCUUGGGGCAUCUUGGAGCUCAGAUACGUAAUUAAAAUUACGUAUCCACGAUACGUAAUUUUAACUGCUCAUGACUCUCAAAGGCACUGCAAGUUUGUGAUGCGAGAGGAGGUGUGCAUAAUAACUCAGAUAGAAACAUUAAUAAUCAGAUUGUUAAAUAAAAUUGUUUUUGAAACAAUAUUUGAUAACUAUCUGAGGUAAAACAAAGAAAAUUUCACCCAAGAACUCGGAAAAAUGACCAAUUUUUCAAAAUCAUUCCAAAAAUUUUCCAAGUUUUAGCGGUUUCGGCCUGAAAAUAAUUUUUCAAAACUUUGAGAAGGCAUGGAAAGGUCAAUUCAAAAUAUAUUUUCUUGAAAGUAAGUCGGUUGAAAAUGGCGGGUCUCAGCUCCAGAAAAAUCUAAAUUUUGGAAAAAUCGGCGGAGUCUCCGCGGAGAAAUUCAAAGAAACAACUUGUCAGUUUCGAGUGGCCCACCCUGUAUAAUUUUUAGCAAAAUGAAAAGAAAAGGUCGCGGAGAAAGUACUACUUUUACCAUUUAUUCUACACCUGGAAAAUGUGUCUGUACACUGCGAUCAUUUCCUUUGCUCUUUUGGCCACCUCUAUCAUCUCGUAUGCCCUGAUCUUCAACAUGGAGCAUCUGAGUGGCUCUAUUUUCAUCUCGACCGCCUUCUUUGGGGCCUUCAGAUGGGCAGUUAACCUUUUAGUUGGGGCCAUUGACUAUUUUGUCCCUAAAGCCGGUCGAAAACCCAUUCAUCAUGGAGCGCUGACCUUUAUUUUGACUAUGCUGGGAAUUGUAAUUGUCGUAAAAUCGCUGGGAAUCCAAUCCGUCAAUGCGAUUCGAAUAACGACGAUGAGUGCCGCUGCAAUGUGCUCUCAGUUGUUCAUGGUAAAUGCCAUCGUAACCUCGGAGCUGUUCCCUACGGCUAUACGAAAUCUGGCCGUGAGUUUUGUCCAGAUCAGCAGUCGACUUGGAGGAGUUAUUUCGCCUCAUGUCUUCUACCUUGUAAGUGGAAUAUCAUCAAAUUUUACAAUCUUUUGAAAUCAUUUUUAGGCUAAUGUGUGGGAACCUCUUCCCUAUGUAUUUAUGUUCACCAUAAUGCUGAUUAAUGCCCUAAUGUUCGGCGCUUUUAUCCCCGAAACCAAAAAUUCAGCCAUGGUGGAUCAUAUGCCGGACAAAAGUAAAAGAAUUUGGAAGUCAAGGAACUCAAUGAAGGCAACAAAUAUACUGCCCAGCGUCGCUAAACUUGCUGAAGACGUCUAA